AGGCGGCCGUGGCGGGCAGCCUUCCUGCGGGCCGUGCCGGUCCGCUCCGUGCCCUGCCGGCAUGGGCGAGAGCACCAGCCCCAUCAGCGUUAUCCUGGUGAGCUCGGGCAGCCGCGGCAACAAGCUGCUGUUCCGCUUCCCCUUCCAGCGCGGCGCCGAGCACCCCGCCGCACAGGCCAAUAAGCCAAGGAGUCGAUAUGCUGUGAAUAGCUCUGGUGACACCACGGAAGAUCAAGAUGGGGACUCCAGAGACCAAUGUCCUCUAACUGAUGAGCAAUUGGUUUCGGGCUGGGUUUCCAGAGGAGAUGCUGGUGACAGCAGUCGAUCUGCACUAGAGUGGUUUUCGGAUGUCAUCCUGGCAACGAUUUUGGCUACCAAGUCAGAUAUGUGUGGCAAAAAGUUUGAACUGAAGAUCGAUAACGUUCGCUUUGUUGGCCAUCCCACCUUGCUUCAGCAUGCCCUUGGGCAGGUAUCCAAAACUGAUCCCUCACCAAAGAGAGAGAUGCCCACUAUGAUUCUCUUCAACGUGGUGUUUGCGCUAAGGGCCAACGCAGAUCCAUCCGUGAUAAACUGCCUGCACAACCUCUCCCGAAGAAUCGCCAUAGUCCUGCAGCACGAGGAGCGGCGCUGCCAAUACCUGACCAGGGAGGCCAAGCUGAUCUUGGCUAUUCAGGAUGAAGUGUCUGCCAUGUCAGAGACCACGGAAGGGCCACAGUCACCUUUUCAUCACAUCCUACCCAAGUGCAAACUGGCCAGAGAUCUCAAAGAGACAUAUGACAGUCUCUGCACAACAGGGGUGGUCCGUUUACAUAUCAACAACUGGCUGGAAGUGAGUUUCUGCCUGCCUCAUAAAAUCCAUUAUGUUGCCACAAACUUUAUACCCCCGGAAGCAAUCGAGAGAAGCCUGAAGUCUAUCAGGCCGUACCAUGCCUUAUUACUUUUAAAUGAUGAGAAGUCAUUGCUUAAUGAGCUCCCGUUGGACUGCUCUCCUGCCCUGGUGAGAGUAAUUAAAACUACCUCUGCUGUGAAGAAUUUGCAGCAACUGGCUCAAGAUGCUGACUUGGCAUUGCUGCAGGUUUUCCAGCUUGCUGCACAUCUCGUUUACUGGGGAAAAGCAAUUAUUAUUUAUCCGCUGUGUGAAAACAAUGUCUACAUGCUUUCUCCAAAUGCCAGCGUCUGCCUUUACUCACCAUUAGCAGAUGCGUUUUCCUGUCAGUUCCGGGGCCACAACCUGCCGUCGAUGCUUUCCAAGUUCUCCCUCCCAGUGUCACUCUCAGAGUUCAAGAAUCCACUCGCGCCGCCUGUUCAGGAGACUCAGCUCAUUCAAAUGGUGAUAUGGAUGCUCCAACACCGGCUUCUUAUUCAGCUUCACACUUACGUCUGUCUGAUGGUGCCACCAAACGAGGAGGAUUUCCGAGCCCAAGAUGAAGACAUGCCCUUUACUGCCAGAGUUGGAGGCCGAAGUUUAAGCACCCCCAAUGCUCUCAGCUUUGGUUCACCAACUAGUAGUGACGACAUGACUCUGACAAGCCCUAGCAUGGAUAAUUCCAGUGCUGAGUUGAUACCUGGUGGGGACUCACCCCUAAAUAAAAGGAUGACAGAGAAUCUUCUAGCAAGCUUGUUGGAACACGAGCGGGAAGCUAUCCUUAAUGUUCCUGCUGCCCAAAAUCCAGAAGAUCUUCGCAUGUUUGCAAGGCUGCUGCACUACUUCCGAGGCCGACACCACCUGGAGGAGAUCAUGUACAACGAGAACAUGCGUCGCUCCCAGCUGCUGAUGCUGUUUGACAAAUUCCGCAGCGUGCUGGUGGUCACCAGCCACGAGGACCCCGUGAUUUCCGUUUUUCAGUCCCUCCUAAAAUGACUCUGUUGGCGAAGGAAGGGAAACUCUGGAUACUGACAGUCUAAAAACUAAAGGAGGUGAAUUCGGUUCCUUUGCGCCGUGUGACAGAGAGCAGGUUCUUCCCCUCCGUGCCUUGGUUUCCCAUCUGCUCCCCGUGAGGAUGGUCCGUGUGAGGGCUCUGGGGCCUGCUGCAGGAUGGUGUGUACUUUGCUCAGCUUGGAUUCCUCCCGUGCCACCUUCACAGCCCUUCCCUGACCCUCCUCCCUGCCCAGGACUUGUGGGAGAGGACCAGGAUGGCAUCCACUGCAGCAUUGCCCACAGAGCUUCGCCCUUGGGUGGACGCAGCUGCAUGUGAAGUGCUUUCUCUGCUCUCCAACACCAUGACUGGUGGGUUCUUCAGCCCCAAGCACCGCUGGGGAGCAGCCUGGCCCCACAGACUCUGCUCUAGGGCGGAGAGGAGCUGACCUGGAUUUUAGGAUAAUGCCGCCAAGCGCUGAGGAGUUCUGUUUGAUCACCGGUAUCUGGCAGCAGUGAGGAGAUAGGUAGGAAGACAAAGUAUCACAAGUAAAUGGUGUCAUGAAUGAGAAUGA